AUGUGCAUCUCAGUACUCUCUACUGCACAUCCCCAGUACGCUUUGGUUCUCAUCAGCAAUCGGGAUGAGUUCGUUCACCGACCCACUCUCCGUGCGGAUUGGUGGGACCCACCACAUCAGCAAGUGUUAGGAGGACGCGAUCUUCAACGUCAGGAGAGAGGCACCUGGUUAGGCAUUACGAAGCAAGGACGAAUUGCUAUUUUGACCAACUUCCGCGAAGAGGGCGUCAACGAGAAUGGGCAGAAAAGUAGAGGUGCAAUGGUAAACUCAUACCUAACAGUACCUCCGGAUGUUCACGAAUCAGAAGACGAAUUUGCCCAGAGACUCAUAAAUAAUGUCGGUAUCCACGAUGUUGGAGGGUUCACUCUUUUGUUCGGCAAGCUCGAACGACCUAAAUCUCACAACGAGCCAUCCGAAGCAAAAGACUUGCCAGGUCUCGCCGUCAUUUCGAAUCGAACAGACUCUGCUAAAGGUCUUCGAAGAAUCGCUACCAAGAUUGGAGAGACUCACGGUCUAAGUAACAGUCAUUACGGCGAUAAUACAUGGCCCAAGGUUGUGAAUGGCGAGAAGAAGCUCAUGCAAGCAAUCUCAGACGACAUCCCACGCAACGACAGCCAAUCUGAAUUCGUCGAAGAUUUAUUGGCAAUACUCUGCGAUGACAGCCUGCCUGAUCGGAGGAAUGACGAAACGUGGGACGAGUAUGUAAGGCACAUGCGCAAGUCUAUCAUGAUUCCGGCUAUCAAAGGAAAGGCAGCACAUCAGAGUCCCGACGCCCAGCCUGACAAUGGAGAUCGAUCACUAGUCCCUGGUAGUCUGAAACUUACACCAGGAGUAGGCGCCUACGGCACAACAAAGCAGACUGUUAUCCUGGUUGACCACGAGGGCAUGGUGACCUUUGUCGAGCGAACGCUGUACGACGAUUCCGGGGCACCGCUACCGAACCAUGAACGUGACCGGCGUAUCGAAUUCAAGAUAGAAGGCUGGGAAAGACAAUGA